GUUUCAAACGUCCGCCGGCGCGGGGACUGGGAGUCCAGGGCUCCAGCUCGGGGACCCGAGGCCAGCGACAGACAGCGGAGGGGUGGCCAUCGCGGACCCCGCCGGGGAGCAGAGGCGCAGAUUCCCUGGAGGCAGGAGCUCCGUCCAGUGACUCGCCCGGCGCGGCCGGACCCGGGGCAGGGGCGCCCCGAGGACCUCGCAGGGCCCCCGAAAGGCCCCAAGGCGCGGCGUGCAGUGAGCGGGAAGUGGUUGGCCGGCGCCCUGCGGCGGCGCACAGCUCCUGACAGCCACGAUGCCGCCCGCGACCACGGUCUCCCUCCGGGAGCUGGCGGACCUCUCCAUCGGCACGCCAGAGGUGGGCGCCGUCAACUUCACGGCCCUGCACACGCUCAUCGUGGCCAUGCUCAAGAACCUCGACCUCCAAAAUACCCGGAUCGACUUCCAGCCCUCGUCGCCCGAGCCCAGCCGCUCGCUGCAGUCCGUCCGGAGCUCGUUCAGCAUCUCACAUCUGCCCGCGCCCAAGGAGGUGCCCAAGGGGGCGCCCCGGGAGAAGCGCAGGGGCGUGGGCCAGGCGCCUUCGUCAGCGCUGGAGAGCCAAGUGAAGGACCUGGGCGGCCAGGUGGAGGACCUGAGCAAGCAGCUCAAGCGUGUGGACGGCCAGGUGCAGGGCAUCGCCACGCACGUGCAGCACUUCUCCCAGGCCAGCGGGCUUGACCUGGCCGCGCUAGAGUGGCCGGAGGAGCAGGAGGUGGGCGCGCGGGCGCUCGAUAGGUUGCGGACUGGGAGUAUCAUGAAGGACGCCGCCGAGGAGCUCAGCUUUGCCAGGGUACUUUUACAGCGGGUUGAUGAACUAGAGAAGCUAUUCAAAGAUCGGGAGCAAUUCCUGGAACUAGUCAGCCGGAAGCUGAGUUUGGUUCCUGGUGCAGAAGAAGUCACCAUGGUCACCUGGGAAGAGCUGGAGCAGGCGAUUACGGAUGGCUGGAGAGCCUCACAAGCGGGCUCAGAAACACUUACGGGAUUUUCUAAGCGCGGAGGGUUCACUUCCUUAACAUCACCUGAAGGGACUCUAAGCGGAGCCUCUACCAAGCAACCAAGUAUUGAGCAGGCUCUGGAUUCUGCCAGUGGUCUUGGCCCGGAUCGGACUGCAUCAGGAUCUGGUGGCACAGCACACCCCUCUGAUGGGGUUUCCAGUAGGGAACAAAGCAAGGUCCCCUCUGGUACUGGGAAACAGCAGCAGCCGAGGGCCCGUGAUGAAGCUGGCAUACCACGACUCCAUCAGUCUUCUACAUCCCAAUUCAAAUCAGACUCAGAUCGUCACAGGAGUAGAGAGAAGCUUACCUCGACACAACCAAGAAGAGAUGCACAAGAUGCACGUCCUGGUCCAGUUCAACAGGACUUACCCUCGGCCAGAGACCAGCCCAGUAGGGUGCCCGCUAGCCAGAGUCAGGUCCAUCUAAGGCCAGAUCGUCGUGGGUUAGAACCAACUGGCAUGAAUCAGCCUGGAUUAGUGCCUGCUAGCACUUACCCACAUGGUGUGGUACCCCUCAGCAUGGGUCAGCUUGGUGUGCCACCACCUGAAAUGGAUGAUCGGGAAUUGAUACCAUUUGUCAUGGAUGAGCAAUGUAUGUUGCCACCAUCAGUACCUGGCAGAGACCAGCAAGGAUUGGAACUACCUAGCACAGACCAACAUGGUCUGGUUUCAGUCAGUGCAUAUCAGCAUGGUAUGACAUUUCCCGGCACAGACCAACGCAGUAUGGAACCACUUGGCAUGGAUCGGCGUGGAUUUGUAAUAUCAGGCAUGGGUCAGCAAGGACUAGUACCCCCUGGUAUGGACCAGCAAGGAUUGACAUUGCCUGUCGUCGAUCAACAUGGCCUGGUUCUACCUUUUACAGACCAGCAUGGUUUGGUAUCACCUGGUUUGAUGCCAAUUAGUGCAGAUCAGCAAGGUUUUGUGCAGCCCAGUUUGGAAGCAACUGGCUUCAUACAACCUGGCACAGAGCAGCAUGAUUUGAUCCAGUCUGGCAGAUUUCAGCAUGCUUUGGUGCAGCGUGGUGCAUAUCAGCCUGGCUUGGUCCAACCUGGUGCAGAUCAGCGUGGUUUGGUCCGGCCUGGAAUGGAUCAGUCUGGUUUGGCCCAACCUGGUAGAGAUCAGCAUAGUUUGGUACAGCCUGGCACAGGUCAGCAUGAUUUGGUCCAAUCUGGCACAGGUCAGGGUGUCUUGGUACAGCCUGGUGUAGAUCAGCCUGGCAUGGUCCAACCUGGCAGAUUUCAGCAUGCUUUGGUGCAGCCUGGUGCAUAUCAGCCUGGCUUGGUCCAACCUGGUGCAGAUCAGAUUGAUGUGGUGCAAUCUGGUGCAGAUCAGCAUGGUUUGGUACAAUCUGGUGCAGAUCAGAGUGAUUUGGCUCAACCUGGUGCAGUUCAGCAUGGUUUGGUCCAACCUGGAGUAGAUCAGCGUGGUUUGGCACAACCUCAUGAAGAUCAGCGUGGUUUGGUCCCACCUGGUGCAGAUCAGCGUGGUUUGGUCCAACCUGGUGCAGAUCAGCAUGGUUUGGUCCAACCUGGAGUGGAUCAGCGUGGUUUGGUUCAACCUGGUGCAGUUCAGCGUGGUUUGGUGCAACCUGGUGCAGUUCAGCAUGGUUUGGUCCAACCUGGAGUGGAUCAGCGUGGUUUGGUUCAACCUGGUGCAGUUCAGCGUGGUUUGGUCCAACCUGGAGUGGAUCAGCGUGGUUUGGUUCAACCUGGUGCAGUUCAGCAUGGUUUUGUCCAACCUGGUGCAGAUCAGCGUGGUUUGGUCCAACCUGCAGUGGAUCAGCGUGGUUUGGUGCAACCUGGAGUGGAUCAGCAUGGUUUGGUGCAACCUGGAGUGGAUCAGCGUGGUUUGGUCCAACCUGGAAUGGACCAGCGUGGUUUGAUCCAACCUGGUGCAGAUCAGCCUGGUUUGGUCCAGCCUGGUGCAGGUCAGCUGGGUAUGGUGCAGCCUGGAAUAGGUCAGCAAGGUAUGGUGCAACCUCAGGCAGAUCCACAUGGCCUGGUACAACCUGGUGCCUAUCCUCUUGGUUUGGUACAACCUGGUGCAUAUUUGCAUGAUUUGUCUCAACCUGGGACAUAUCCACGUGGUCUGGUGCAGCCUGGAAUGGAUCAGUAUGGUUUGAAACAACCUGGUGCAUAUCAGCCAGGCUUGAUAGCACCAGGCACAAAGCUUCGUGGCUCUUCAACAUUCCAGGCAGAUUCUACAGGUUUUAUAUCAGUACGUCCAUAUCAACAUGGUAUGGUACCUCCUGGCAGAGAACAAUAUGGCCAGGUGUCACCACUCCUAGCCAGUCAAGGUUUGGCAUCACCUGGUAUAGACCGAAGGAGUUUGGUACCACCAGAAACUUAUCAGCAAGGUUUGAUGCAUCCUGGCACAGACCAGCAUGGCCCAAUACCACUGAGUACAGGUUUGGGAUCUACACACCCAGAUCAACAGCAUUUGGCAUCACCUGGCCCGGGUGAGCAUGACCAGGUAUACCCAGAUGCAGCUCAGCAUGGCCAUGCUUUCUCUCUCUUUGACAGUCGUGAUUCAAUGUAUCCUGGUUAUCGUGGCCCAGGGUAUCUAAGUGCUGAUCAGCAUGGCCAGGAAGGUUUGGAUCCAAAUAGAACACGAGCCUCGGACCGACGUGGAAUUCCUGCCCAGAAGGCCCCAGGCCAAGAUGUCACUCUUUUCAGGAGUCCAGACUCCGUCGACCGAGUCUCAUCAGAAGGGAGCGAAGUCUCGAGUGAAGUCCUGAGUGAGCGACGCGAUUCACUGUGUAGAAUGAGUUCUAGUUUCCCCACGGCAGUGGAGACAUUUCGUCUGAUGGGAGAGCUCAGUAACCUCUAUGUGGGGCUAAAGGAGAGUAUGAAGGAUCUGGAUGAGGAGCAGGCCGGCCAAACCGACUUGGAGAAGAUCCAGUUCCUGCUGGCACAGAUAGUCAAAAGGACCAUACCUCCUGAACUGCAGGAGCAGCUGAAGACCGUAAAGAUGCUAGCCAAAGAAGUUUGGCAGGAAAAAGCAAAAGUGGAAAGGCUGCAGAGGAUCCUGGAAGGGGAAGGGAAUCAAGAAGCAGGGAAGGAACUGAAAGCUGGAGAGCUGAGAUUGCAGCUGGGUGUCCUCAGAGUCACCGUGGCUGACAUAGAGAAGGAGCUGGCCGAGUUGAGGGAGAGCCAAGACAGGGGCAAGGCUGCCAUGGAAAAUUCUGUCUCUGAAGCCUCCCUUUACCUGCAGGACCAGUUGGACAAGCUCAGGAUGAUCAUUGAGAGCAUGCUGACCUCCUCCUCCACGCUCCUGUCCAUGAGCAUGGCCCCGCACAAGGCCCACACCUUGGCUCCUGGCCAGAUCGACCCUGAGGCCACCUGUCCAGCCUGCAGCCUGGAUGUGAGCCAUCAGGUCAGCACGCUGGUGCGGCGCUAUGAGCAACUCCAAGACAUGGUCAACAGCCUGGCCAUCUCCCGACCCUCCAAGAAGGCCAAGCUCCAGAGACAGGACGAGGAGCUGCUGGGCCAUGUGCAGAGUGCCAUCCUGCAGGUGCAGGGUGACUGCGAGAAGCUCAACAUCACCACCAGCAACCUCAUCGAGGACCAUCGGCAGAAACAGAAGGACAUUGCUAUGCUGUACCAGGGUCUGGAGAAGCUCGAAAAGGAAAAGGCCAACAGGGAGCACCUGGAGAUGGAGAUCGAUGUGAAAGCCGACAAGAGUGCUCUGGCCACCAAAGUGAGCCGUGUCCAGUUUGAUGCCACCACGGAGCAGCUGAACCACAUGAUGCAGGAGCUGGUGGCCAAGAUGAGCGGGCAGGAGCAGGACUGGCAGAAGAUGCUGGACAAGCUGCUCACAGAGAUGGACAACAAGCUGGACCGCCUGGAGCUGGACCCAGUGAAGCAGUUGCUGGAGGAUCGGUGGAAAUCGCUGCGACAGCAGCUCAAGGAGCGCCCCCCACUCUACCAGGCAGACGAGGCGGCUGCCAUGCGGAGGCAGCUCCUGGCACAUUUCCACUGCCUCUCAUGUGACCGGCCCUUGGAGACACCUGUGACUGAACAUGCCAUCCCCGUGACCCCCGCGGGUCCAGGCCUACCUGGGCACCAUUCCAUCCGCCCCUACACGGUGUUUGAACUGGAGCAGGUCCGGCAGCAUAGCCGCAACCUCAAGCUGGGCAGCGCCUUCCCUCGGGGUGACCUGGCGCAGAUGGAGCAGAGCGUGGGGCGCCUGCGCUCCAUGCACUCCAAGAUGCUGAUGAACAUUGAGAAGGUGCAGAUCCACUUCGGGGGCUCCACCAAGGCCAGCAGCCAGAUAAUCCGCGAGCUGCUGCACGCCCAGUGCCUGGGCUCCCCCUGCUACAAACGGGUGACAGAUAUGGCUGAUUACACCUACUCAACUGUGCCCCGGCGCUGCGGGGGCAGCCACACCCUCACCUACCCCUACCACCGCAGCCGCCCGCAGCACCUUCCCCGGGGCCUGUAUCCCACUGAAGAGAUCCAGAUUGCCAUGAAGCAUGAUGAGGUGGACAUCUUGGGCCUGGAUGGCCACAUUUACAAGGGACGGAUGGACACAAGGCUGCCAGGCAUCCUCCGAAAAGACAGCUCAGGGACCUCAAAGCGCAAGUCCCAGCAGCCCAGGCCUCACGUGCACAGGCCGCCAUCCCUCAGCAGCAAUGGCCAGCUGCCCUCUCGGCCACAGAGCGCCCAGAUUUCGGCUGGCAACACCUCAGAAAGAUAGACCUUCCUCCGAGGGCCGUCUCUCCCAGCCGAACACAGCCCACCCGCCCAGCUCCGCCGUGGUGGCAAACAGGGGGCUGGAGAGGCACGUGGACAUGCCUCCUGGGGAGGUGCUCGAGGAGCCCACGUGGGGGCCGCGGUCCAGCACCGCUCAGUGAGCGGAGGUGUAAAUAAACAUUCAGGAGGAA